GGUUUGAUUUCACUUAAUUUAAACCGGAAAACACCCACAAAACACCCAACUCGCGAAAAUAUCAAUCAAAACACAUAUCAUUUCAUCUUCCUCUCCUCUCAAACUCUCUCAAACCUCUCAAGAACACCAAAUUCGAUUUCCAUCAUCUCUCAUCCGAUUUUUGUAAUUCUUGGUGCUAAACUCAUUAGUUUUUCAAGCUCUAUCCGUUUCUACCAUCAGUUUUCAUCAAGACACAGAUAAUGCCUAAGAGACAGAAGAAGCAGGGUGAGCGUGGGAGUUCCUCGGUACAGACUGCUAGGCUCAGCACAAGGGGCAAUUUCCGAAAGACGGAUAGGUCUCAUCCUGCGAAUCGAGAGAUAACCCAGCAGUGGGAUAUACAUGAUGAUGAUUUCUACGAGCAGAUGAGGGGAGUGGAAAUAUGUCCGUCGCGCUUCGCUCACAGAGACACUACAGAUGCAUUGGGGAUAACCGAGGAUAUUGAAUCCUUGUUCGAGAAGAUUGGCCUGGGGAACAUCUUCGAUCUUCACUGUGAUUGCUAUGCUGAUUUGACCAGGCAGUUCCUCGCAUCAGCCCGCCUCUACCAUCCUGACGAGGACAACCCGGUAGCUGAUAAGGCAAUGUUCUCCUUCAUUGUGAACAGGCAGUUCCACUCCAUGACCAUCUUUCAACUGUGCGACGUCUUUGGGUUCGGGAAAGGACGUCAAUCUUGUGUUCCUGACUUCCCGGAACACAAUGAUUUCUGGAAAUUCAUCGCUUCAGGAAACUUCAUCUCUCGAGAGGCCAAGCAAGCUAGAAUUCGUAGCCCUGUUCUGCGAUAUGCAGUGAGAGUGAUCAGCAGUGUUAUCUAUGGAAAGACAGAACCCGCUGCAGUGACAAAAGAUGAGCUAGCUCUUCUGUUCAUCGGGGCUGGACACCUAUGGCCUCAGGGCGCAGACAUUACCUAUGUUAGCGGGAAGGACAUAAACAUAGGAGCUGUGAUCGCGGAGAAGCUUGCGUACUUCAAAGUUUCAGACACGAAGAGAUGUGGGUUUGGAGCGGUUAUCACACGGAUCUUAAGGCAAUGUGGAGUGUUUCUUCCACCUUUGGACAGAGUGGUGGAUAAGAAGGGGAUGCAUCAGAACUUUUUCGACAUGAGAGCACUCAUUAGCAGCCACUACCUCACCGGCCCUUGGCGAGGUAGCAUCGACAAGUCAGCCCCUCAUAUCUACCAGUUCCAUGACCCACAAGGGAGAGAGCAAUUUGUCAAACUACCCUAUACCGCCAUCACCGAGCUGACUGAUCCAGGUGCUCUCAUAUUUCUACCACCGCCUGCAUUUCUCUGCGCCAGACCCGCGACACUGAAGAAGAAAGGAGUCGCAUCAUCAUCGACACACCAGCAGGCACCACAUGAUGAUAUAGAGGAGGAGCCUGAAGAUGAGGAAAGUCUUUUCCCCACGGAUUUCACUCCGUAUAUGCUGCCACCAGCACCUCCCGCUACUGCAUCCGCUGCUGAGAUCAACGCUUGGUCCAUCAAGAGCCAUCAAACCAACAACUCCAUACUGCUGAAGAUGUGGAAGGGAAUCUGCAACAUUAAGAAGGGAUGCGCAUCACAGCCAGCUGUUUCUGGAGAUAGCGAUGACGACUCAGGCGCUCACGACACCGCUGCUGGACCUGAGGCAGCGGAGGACUCUGAUGAUGAUGGAGCAUUGGAGAGGCGCUCGAAGAGGCGCACUGACCGCAACGCCUGAUCGGUAAUCUCUCUUGGAAUUAUUUUCACACCGAGACGGUGUGAAGUAAGUCUGGGGGAGGAUGCUACUUAUGUACCAUAUUGCUAUUAUUUCUUUUAUUUUCUUAGUUUAUCGGAUUUGCUUGUGUUUUAAAAAACUCUCUACGUAUUUUUAUCAGACCCUGUGAUGAUUAUUAGACUAUUUCCUUGUGUGUUGUGCAUUACAUUUCAUAUUGGCCAUUUUUCAGGACUG